AAAAUGCAUGCAAUUAUAUGCAUUUGCAAUUAUCGGCGAAAGAACCAAUUACACACUAAUAUUUAUUUGUCAUGUUUUUUAUUUUUUAUUUAUGUGGAAACAUGUGCAUCAGGCUGAUUACAUACAUUUAAUCAGUAAAAUAUGUUUAAAAUUUGCUUGUGUGCGUUGAAGUUUUGGCUUAUCAAUUAUCAGUGACCUGUAUAUAUAGAAAAUAAUAAAUUAUUAGUUCGAAUUGGUUCGCCUAGCUUAAAGCAUUAUAAAGCUAGAUGCUCUGAUUUCGAUAUAUUUUUCUCAGAGAAGUAAAGGAGGCGUAUUCGGAAUAUUAGAUUCUGUAUUUAUUUAUUUUUUUCCCAUCUUCUACGCGUGGGAAAAAAUAAUGGAGGGCUAUAAGACCGUGAAACGGUUCGAUGUGGAUACGGAAAAAGGGCCGGAGGGUGGCCGAAAACGGUUCCUUUACAUUGCAGCUUGCACAGUUAAUUUGACCGCCUUUGCGUGCGGUAUAGCUCUGGGCUGGACUUCUCCAAUAACGCCGAAACUCAAAGGUACUUCCGGAAAUCCGCUUGGCGAACCAAUCACCACCGAACAGUCUUCGUGGAUUGCAUCGCUUCUUCCACUAGGAGCUGCUAUAGGGCCAUGGUUCGCGGGAAUUUCAGCGGAUAAAGUUGGUCGUAAAUUAACGCUAUUCUCGACAACUUUGCCAAUCACGUUCGCGUUCGUGAUAUCCGCAUUCGCAACUAAUAUUUGGUUUUUCUAUUUGGCUCGCUUCAUGUGCGGCCUUUCAAUUGGCGGAAUUUUCACUGUUCUACCAAUAUACAUUGGUGAAAUUUCCACUGAUGAAGAUCGUGGACCGUUGGGUUCGUUCAUGCAACUAUUCAUCACUUUGGGUCUUCUGUUUGCGUAUUGCGUGGGACCUUACGUGGAGAUCUCCACUUUCAACUUGUAUUCGACGGUAAUACCGCUCAUGUUCUUGUUCGCUUUGUAUCUGAUCAUUCCAGAGACGCCUCAUUAUUACAUCGCGAAGGGCAACAUGUGCAAAGCCAACGAAUCUUUGAAAAAGCUGCGAAUGAUGGAAGACGUUUCUGUAGAGUUGAACGGCAUUCAAAAUUCGGUCGAGAAUUCGUUGAAGGAUGAAGGCAGCUUUAAGGAGCUUUUCCAGAAACCAAAUCUGCGAAAGGCUCUUAUUUUAUCUGUUGGUUUGGUAGCUUUUCAGCAGUUAAGCGGUAUCAACAUUGUCCUGUUUUGCGCUCAAAGUAUCUUCGAUGAAGCAGCGGGUGCCAUUGAACCGGAAAUUGCUGCGAUUAUAAUCAGCGCGGUACAAGUUGGAUCCAGCUUAAUGACGCCGUUCUUUGUGGAGAAAAGUGGAAAGCGAUUCCUGUUGAUCAUGUCCGGUUUGCUGAUGGGAUUGUCGCAGGCUUUGCUUGGCACGUACUUCUAUUACCACAAAGGAUCGUGGAAUCUCGAUAAUUACACCUAUCUUCCUGUCGGUUGCCUAAUUACAUACAUCAUUUUCUACUGCUUGGGAUUCGGACCUCUACCAUGGGCGAUAAUGGGAGAAUUGUUUCCGAGCAACGUCAAAUCCAUUUCGUCCACGUUCACAGCUUCCGGCUGCUGGAUCCUGGGUUGGAUGCUCCUGAAAUUCUUCGAUCCCGUCAUGGAGGUCAUAGGAAUUGGUCCCUCGUUCUGGCUGUUCUCCGGUUUUUGCUUCUUAUCAAUUAUAUUCGUUUACAAGUACUUGCCGGAAACUUCGGGGAAAAGUUUACAAGAAAUUCAGGAUAUACUAUGUGCAAAAUAGUUCAAUAUAAUUGCUAGUUAAUUAAAGACAACCAGUUGAACCUGUAUUAUUAUCUUAAAACUGUUAAUUAUAGUUCUUACUACGACACGCACUCUCUUAAUACCGGUGGAUUGUACCAGAAAUAGAUUUUAAAUAAUCAACACUUAGCACCUAAAAUCUAUUAGUUCGUUAAUGUUAUAUAAUAAACUUAUUUGUUUUUUUUUUAAACCAA